CGCCUCCUGGCGUCGACGCUAUUCGAUGGGAACACCAGACAAAAACAGAGACGGAGGAAAUAGGUCCUCACAUUCCUUUAAAAAACCCCUCUCCUUAGUGUUUCCAUGUGAACUGCUGCUACAAAAACACGUUGACUGUUGGGGGGAUGUGGGACCUGCUGCUCAAGCCUCUGAAAUGUCUCCAGGAAGAGUGAUCUGUGGAUGAUACUGAGUCAGAAGGAAAAAAAAUCCCCAUCAAAUUCUGACAAAUAUAUCCCAAAUAUAUCCAGUUGACAUAGAAGCCAGACUUUCAUUACCAAGUCAGCUGCUGCCAUGUUGAUGCCAGGGCCACUGUGGUUGUGGCUGUCGCUGGCGUGGGUUGGAAGCUGCGGCUCUCACAGCCUGUUCACCUGUGAGCCCAUCAAAGUGCAUCGGUGCCUCGGGAUGCCCUACAACAUGACUUUCUUUCCUAACAUGAUGGAUCACUACGACCAGGAAAUCGCAGCUAGCAAAAUGGAGCCAUUUAUGCCCCUAGCAAGCCUACAGUGCUCACCGGACGUCCACCACUUCCUGUGCCAAGCCUUUAUCCCAGCGUGCAGCGAGGAGAACAGGGUGAUCCGCCCAUGCAGGGAAACGUGUGAGGCCGUCCUGUCCGACUGCGAGGAGAAUAUUCGCAUUUUUGGCAUCACCUGGCCUCCUGAGCUACAGUGCAACAAAUUGAAACCUUGCGGGUCGGACGGUUCCGCCCUUCCCUCCACCACCCCGGUGACCUCCUCGUCCCUGAAGAGAGACCUCGGCUUCUGGUGCCCGUUGCAGCUGAAGACCAAGCCGGGCCACGCCUCCUCGUUCCUCGGCGCCCAGGACUGCGCUCCGCCCUGCUCCAACAUGUACUUCAGACCUCACGACAUCGAGUUCGCCAAGAGCUUCAUCGGCGUGUGCUCCAUCAUCUGCCUGGGCGCCACUCUCUUCACCUUCCUCACGUUCCUCAUCGACGUCAAGCGCUUUCGAUACCCAGAGCGUCCCAUCAUCUUCUACGCAGUCUGCUACAGCUUCGUCUCGCUCAUAUACUUCCUGGGCUUCCUGAUCGGAAACAGCGCCGCCUGCACCAAGGCGGAUCACCACGGAGCGGUGGAAACCGUGGUGCUGGGCUCGCACAGCAAAGGCUGCACUCUCCUUUUUAUGCUGCUUUAUUUCUUCACGAUGGCGGGGAUCGUCUGGUGGGUCAUUCUCACCAUCACCUGGUUCCUGGCUGCCGGACCCAAGUGGAGCUGCGAGGCCAUCGAGAAGAAAGCGGUGUGGUUCCACACCGCCGCCUGGGGAAUCCCUGGCGCAUUAACCGUCAUGCUGCUGGCCCUGAACAAGGUCGAAGGAGAUAACAUCAGCGGCGUUUGCUUCGUGGGGCUCUACGACCUCGACGCGCUGCGGUACUUCGUGCUUGCCCCUCUGUGCGUGGGCGUCGUAGUGGGCCUCUUCCUCAUCCUGGCGGGCAUCGUCUCUCUCAACCACGUCAGGCAGGUGAUCCAGCACGACGAGCGCAACCAAGAGAAGCUCAAGAAGUUCAUGAUCCGGAUUGGCGUGUUCAGCUGCCUCUACCUGGUUCCGCUGGUCACCCUGUUAGCCUGCUACACCUACGAGCAGAGUCACCGCAGCUCCUGGGAGAACACCUGGAUCAAUGACAGGUGUCAAGAGUACAGCAUCCCCUGCUCCUACAAGGCCACGGAGCUCACCCGUCCCGACCUCUCUCUGUUUCUCGUAAAAUACUUGAUGACGCUGGUUGUCGGGAUAUCUGCCGUGUUCUGGGUCAGCAGCAAAAAGACCUGUUCUGAGUGGGCGUACUUUUUCAAACGAAAUCGGAAAAGAGACCCCAUCAGCGAGAGCCGGCGGGUCCUCCAGGAGUCCUGCGAGUUCUUCCUGAAACACAACAGCCGCGUGCAGCACAAGAAGAAGCACUACAAACCCACCUCCCACAAGCUCAAAGUCAUCUCCAAGUCUAUGGGCACGAGCACCGCCGUCUCUCCCGCCAGCACCACGCCUCAAGGCUCCUCUGCGUUCGGCAACCACGAGCCGCACAUGAGGAGCUCCCUGUCUGAGACCUCUGCCAGGGAGCACCUGGACCGCGGCGCCUCCGGCCGGAGCUCCAGGAGGGAGCGGGAGGGCGGGGAGAGGCGCAGCAAAGGUGGGAGCUCCAGUAAGGUCAGCAGCCGCUCAGAGAGCAUGAACAGAGUAGCAGACGGCAGAAUGAGUCCAAGAAGCGAGCUGUCAGACACCAGACUAGCUGCGAGUGGACAGCAGCAGCAGCAGCAGCAUCCGACUUUGAACCAAUCGCACAGCAGCAUUCUGGACUCCGCCCACCAGAAGGUGGACAAGGCGUCAGAGGAGAGUAAGGACCCAAAAGAAAUCUAAGCUAAAAAAUGUUUCCUGCUCAGUCUUCCAACUGAUGGUGGCUUAAAGGUCUUUGAAGUUGUAUCCAGUGAAUGUUUAGAACCCUAAACAUGCAGCAAACAUCAGGUGGUUCGUUGGACCAAAAUAUGUGGGAUUUAGACUGCAGGUGCUCAAGGUGAUGCCUGCGUGUUCCAGCUUUACCGAUGUUUUAGUCUGAAUGUUGAAGAACCCGGCUGGAUCUCAACCAGGCUACUACCAGUGGACUUUUAGGAAUAUCGCAUACAUCACAAACACCUUUUAGAGGUUUCAGUUAAACUGCGUUCAAUUCCUUAAAAAAAAAAAAAAAAUGCAUCAUGACCUGUGUAAAAUAUUAUUUUUAUUGUAGAAUUCAAGCCUUUUUACUGUAUUAGUCCACACACUGAAACUCCACGAGGUGGUUUUAUGAUAUCGCCAAAUAUUCGACCCAUGAAAGUUGUGCUGUUUUGGAAGUCUUAUUGUUACUUUUGGAUACAUUGUUUGUUAGAAGACCAAGUAUGUACCACUCUUAAAAGAUGCUUUUAAACUUGAAAUAGUUGAGUGUGCAAAUUUAUUUUGAAAAGCUUUCCACUUUUUUGCUAUCCUGAACUUUUGUUUUUACAUUUUUGUACACUGGUGUCUUUAAAAGACAUAUCAACUGGACUGGGUUAAAUCACUUUUGGGAAAUAUUCCAAACAUAAUCAAGCAGGCCUUUUGCACUAUAUGGCAUUAGAAGCACAAACCACAAAUUACUGAAUAAUUAAUAAAUACAAGCAGUAAUUUAUCGAUCUAAGUGUGAGCAGGCCUGGCUUUUCUUCACAGUAUGACUCUGUUACUAUAAUCUUCAAAUUGUGAAGGUUUUUCUUAAUAUCUAUACAACUGGUGCAUUUGACCUGUCCUGUGUGAAUCAAGUUCUCUUGCGACCUCCAGGCCAGCAGGGGGCGAUAUGUCGCCUCAUAUUCUGCAACUACUGUGGGCUGGCUCUAGCUGUGAGGAGUAUUCAUAACAUUUAAGUCAUUGAUAAAUGAUCUAAAGUUGUUUUUGCACACCUUAAGUGAAUCAUAUGACAACACAUUGCAUCUUUAAUGCUGCAUGAUUCUUUGAGUUGAGUUUUUUUUUUAACUCUGGGAGAAAAGACAUUUCCAGAGUCACAAAUUAAAAGGGAAACUGUGUCAAUGAAUGUUUUGUUUUGUAUUUCUGUCACCUUAUUGUAUGUGUAGUUAGUGAUGUGCCUUGUGUAGUCUGUCAAAUAUUCUUUUUUUUUUUUUUUUUUUUUGCUGUUUCCUCAGUCAAUUUUUGUACCUUUUGUAGUUUGUAAACUCGGAUUACUCUGAUGUUUUGAAUAAAAACACGUACAAUUCUU